AGAAGAGGAGUCAGUUACUUCCCUUGGACAAACUUCACUACAGCGGUACCCAAUUAAAAUUUGUUUUAAAAAUAUAAAGACGAGAAGAUUUAUUACAAACGAAUUCAUUUAACAUUCCGUUACGCUCGCUUCAUUUGCACAACAUGUCUUGUCUUGUGAAGAACAGACUUGUGUAUCUAGCAGCACUACAUAGUAGAAGUUGCCACACUGUUGUAGCCAAGUCUGCUGUUGUAACACAGCCUCUUAAUUUCCUAAAUGGGAAAAGGAUGGAACCUGUGAAUACAGAUAAACAACAACAGUUCCCACUUCAGUAUCCAGCCACAGGUGAAGUAUUGAAGACAGUACAGAGUUCUGGAGCUGUUGAUGUAGACAUUGCAGUAACCGCUGCUAAGAAUGGGCAGAAAAUUUGGGCGAGUAUGUCUGGAUUUGAAAGGGGACAGGUACUGAAACGUGCAGCAGACAUAUGCAGGUCAAAGCAAGAAGAGUUGGCAAGAGCAGAGACAUUUGACACAGGAAAGCCAAUAUGGGAAGCAAGAUUUGACAUACAGGGCUGUUCAGAUUCUGUAGAAUACUAUGGGGGACUUGCUUCAACUAUAUCAGGUGAAUUUUUACAGUUAUCAAAGAGAAACUUUGCGUACACAAUAAGAGAGCCCCUGGGAGUUGUUGGGGGUAUAGGGGCCUGGAACUACCCCUUUCAGAUGGCUACCUGGAAGUCAGCACCUGCGCUUGCAUGUGGCAAUGCUUUUGUUUUUAAACCCUCCCAAAUGACUCCACUGUCUGCUGUUAUGUUAGGGGAGAUCUAUAAAGAAGCUGGCCUACCAGAUGGAUGCUAUAAUGUUGUGCAGGGUGAAGCAGAAACUGGUCAAUUAUUAUGUAAUCACCCUUCAAUAGAUAAAAUGACCUUUACUGGAAGUGUUCCUGUUGGUUCAAAGGUUAUGGAAGCCUGUGCAAAGGACAUCAAGCAUGUGACACUGGAACUUGGUGGGAAAUCCCCCCUUAUUAUUUUUGAAGACAGUCAUUUAGACAACGCUGUGACUGGGGCCAUGUUAGCCAAUUUCCUUACCCAGGGACAGGUGUGUUCAAAUGGUACCCGUGUAUUUGUACAGAAGAAAAUUUUGAACCAGUUUCUGGAGAAGCUAGUUGAACGGACAAAGAAGAUGAAAAUAGGGGAUCCCUUUGCUGAAGAUACAACAGUAGGUGCCACAAUAUCCCGGCAACAAGCAGACAAAGUGCUUAGUUACAUUGACAUCGCAAAGAAAGAGGGUGCUACAGUAUUAUGCGGAGGAGAGGAGGUAACUCCUGAGCCAAAAUAUUCCAAAGGACAGUUUAUCUCGCCUUGUGUGCUAUCCAAUUGCCAUGAUGACAUGACUGCUGUUAAGGAUGAAAUAUUUGGUUCUGUGAUGUCAGUUUUAGAGUUUGACUCAGAGGAAGAAGUUAUAGAUAGAGCCAACAAUACAGAGUUUGGUCUUGCGGGGGGUGUUUUUACAAGAGAUUUAUGUCGAGCUCACCGUGUUAUAGCACAGAUGCAAGCAGGAUCUUUAUAUGUAAACAAUUACAAUGUGUAUCCAGUUGGUGUGCCAUUUGGAGGGUAUAAGAAAUCAGGCAUUGGUCGAGAAAAUGGACCAGAAGCUAUAGACUAUUACAGUCAAGUGAAAUCUGUUUAUGUUGAAAUGAAUGAUGUUGAAGCACCAUUUUAGUGUUUAGUCAUGUUAAAUACUGGUAGAGAUGAAACUUGAAAACUUCAGACUCAAGUUUUCUUCUUCUUUUUUUGCAUUAUAAUAUGAUAGCUAAGUGCACCAAUAUUCUAAAAUAUGUAUGUAAUUUUUAGUUCACCUGUCACAUAGUGACAAGGUGAGCUUUUGUGAUCACCCUUCAUCCAUCGUCAGUCCGUGUGUCCGUCCAUCAACAAUUUCUGGUCUGCACAAUAGUGGUUUCAUUUAUGAUUUUAUUUUAACCAAACUUGCACACAAGUUGUAUCACCAUAAGAUCUUGGUUCCUUUCUUGAACUGGCCAGAUCCCAUUAUGAGUUCCACAGUUAUGGCCCCUGAAAGGCCCAAAAUUAGCUAUUUUGACCUUGUCUGCACAAUAGCAGCUUCAUUUAUGAUUAGAUUUUUACCAAACUUGCACACAGCUUGUAUCACCAUAAGAUCUUGAUUCCUUUCUUGAACUGGCCAAAUUCCUUCAUGGGUUCCAGAGUUAUCCAGAAUUAGCUAUUUUGACCUUGUCUGCACAAUAGCAGCUUCAUUUAUGAUUUGAUUUUUACCAAACUUGUACACAACUUGUACCACCAUAAGAUCUUGGUUCCUUUCUUGAAUUGCCCAGAUUCCAUUAUGGGUUCCAGAGUGAUGGCCCCUGAUAGGGCCAGAAUUAGCUAUUUUGACCUUGUCUGCACAAUAGCAGCUUCAUUUAUGCUUUGAAUUUAAUCAAAUUUGCACAAAACUUGUGUCACCAUAAGAUCUUGAUUCCUUUCUUGAACCGGCUAGAUCCCAUAAUGGGUUCCAGAGUUAUGGCCCCUGAAAGGGCCAAAAUUAGCUAUUUUGACCUUGUCUGCACAAUAGCAGCUUCAUUUAUAAUUUUAUUUUAACCAAACCUGCACACAACUUGUAUCACCACAAGAUCUUGGUUCCUUUGUUGAACUGGCCAGAUUCCAUCAUGGGUUCCAGAGUUAUGGCCCCUUAAAGGUCCAAAAUUUGCCAUUUUGGCUUUUGCAGCCGUAUAGAAAUUUCAUGUAUGGUUUGAUUUGAUACAAACAAUAAAUCUUGGAUUCCAUGAUGAAUCUGUCAGAUCCAAUUGUAGCUUCCAGAGUUAUUUUAUAUCUGAUUACCUCUCCUGAUUGUAAUCAAAAUGGAUAUAUAUCAGUAAGUACUUAUAGGACUUAUUUGAAAUUUCAUUAUUGUCAUUAGUUGGACUGAGACAAUCAGGGUAGAUAACUAUGGACUGAUUUUAUGUUAUAUUACCUCCCUUCAUUUCAAAUUAAAAUGGGUAUAUCUCUGUAACCAAUGAAGAUAAUGAUCUGAAAUUUCAUUUAUGUCGACAGAUGGACUUGGUCAAUCAGUGAAGAUACAUAUUGACUGAAUUUAUGACAAAUUACCUCCCUUCAUUUUUUAUCUAAAUGAAUACACCUUUAAUAGCAGCUUCUAAUGAGAUUGGUUUGAAACGUUUUUUGUCUUCCAUGGUACGAAAUAGUCAUAUUAGAUAACUCUUGAUUGAACAUUUAUCAAUAUGAAUACUUUAUUAAUAUAUUGUUGUAUAGGCUUGUACUCUAUAUCUUCUACAUGCAUAUACCAAUGCAUGAUUACCUCCCCUGAUUUUAAUAAAAAUGGAUUUAUCUGGGUAAAUAUUUAUAGAACUAAUUUGAAAUUUCAUUGUUGUCUUUAGCUUGACUGAGGCAAUCAGGGUAGAUAGCUAUGGACUGAGGAAUAGUCAUGUUAGUACAAAAAUGCAGCAUUUGAGUCUAGGACCCUCAAACUUGGUAUGGAAAUUGGCCCUGACUAGGUCAAAUGGGACUGUUACAAGAAAAUGGUUAUCCUGAUGAUAUUUAAUGUGUAUGCCUAUGUGCUCUAUGUUAAAACUUGAUCAUAUCAUUUUGAGCAGUGGUACUCAGGUGAGCAAUAUAGGGCCAUCAUGGCCCUCUUGUUGUUCAUUGCCUUAUGAAAACAGAAAUAUUCAUUAUUUAAAAAAUUAUCAUCUAAAACUUUCUGAAGCAAAAUGGACCUGUAUUAACAAUUUUUUAUAUGCCCAAAGGGAUGUAUUAUGUUAUACUCCUGGUGUCCGUCUGUCUGUCUGUUAGCAAUUUUGAAGGAUUUCAAAGAAACUUGACACAAAUGUUCAUGACAUCGAGACAAUGUGCAGAGCACAUGUUCUGGAUAGCGCUUCAUGGUCAAGGUGACACUUAGGGAUCAGUAGUCAUAUGACUUUGUUUCGUGUCUGUUCUGCAACUCUUGAAUUGCUUGAAGGAUUGUAAACAAACUUGGCAUAAAUUUUCACCACAUCAAGACAACAUGCAGUGCGUAUGUUCUGGAUAUCUUGCUCCAAGGUCAAGGUCACACUUAGGCGUCAAAGGUCUCCCCUCUUGAACCCCUUGAAGGAUUUCUUAGAAACUUUACAUAAAUGUUCACCACAUCGAGGCGAUGUGCAGAGCACAUGUUCUGGCAGGCUGAUGUUGCUCCGCAUUGCGGUGCUCUUGUUAUCUAUUAAGGACUUCACUAAUUAUCAAAAAGGGAAAAUUUCUGUUUUUGAAACUGACAAAGAACUGAACACCAAAUAUGCAGUAUACAUGUAUGCCCAAAUAAGCAGGUCAGAACCGCAUAUAAGGAAACAUUUGAUCAUUUUUAGCCCACCAUCAUCAGAUGGUGGGCUAUUCAAAUCACUGUGUCCGUGGUCCCUCGUCCUUCAGUCUCUAACAAUUUCUCGUUAUCGCAUCUCUUCAGAAACUACUGGGGGGAUUUUGACCAAAUUUUGUCAGAAUGAUGUAUUGGUACCCUAGUUGUGUCACCCUGAAAAUCAGACUGGUUCAACAAUUUUUGAGUGAGUUAUGUCCCUUUGUUUUUUUUAGCUCACCAGAGCACAAAGUGCUCAAGGUGAGCUAUUAUGACCGGUCAUUGUCCGGCGUCCGUCGACACCAUCGUCCGUCAACAUUUACCUUGUGAACACUCUAGAGACCACAUUUUUGACCCAGUCUUUAUGAAACUUGGUCAGAAUGUUUGUCUUGAUGAUCUCUAGGUCAAGUUCGAAACUGGGUCAUGUGGGAUUAAAAACUAGGUCAGUAGGUCAAAUCAUAGGAAAAGCUUGUGAACACUCUAGAGACCACAUUUGUGAACCAAUCUUUAUGAAACUUGGUCAGAAUGUUAGUCAUGAUGAUCUUUAGGUCAGGUUGAAUCUGGGUCAUGUGGGGUCAAAAACUAGGUCAGUAGGUCAGAUCAAAGGAAAAGCUUGUGAACACUCUAGAGACCACAUUUUUGACUCAAUCUUUAUGAAACUUGAUCAGAAUGUUGUCUUGAUGAUCUCUAGGUCAAGUUUGAAACUGGGUCAUGUGGGGUCAAAAACUAGGUCAGUAGGUUAGAUCAAAGGUAGAGCUUGUGAACACUCUAGAGACCACAUUUUGACCCAAUCUUUAUGAAACUUGGGUCAGAAUGUUUGUCUUGAUGAUCUCUAUGUCUUAAAAACCAGGUCAACGGUCAAAUCAAAAGAAAAGCUUGUGAACACUCUAGAGGCCACAGUUGUAAUCAAAUCUUUACGAAAUUUAGUCAGAAUGUUUGUCUUGAUGAUCUCUAGGUCAAGUUUGAAACUGGGUCAUGUGGGGUCAAAAACUAGGUCAGUAGGUCAGAUCAAUGGAAAAGCUUGUGAACACUCCAGAGACCACAUUUUUGACCCAAUCUUUAUGAAACAUGGUCAGAACAUUAGUCUUGAUGAUCUCUAGGUCAAGUUCGAAACUAGAUCAUGUGGGGUCAAAAACUAGGUCAGUAGGUCAGAUCAAUGGAAAAGCUUGUGAACACUCUAGAGACCACAUUUGUGGCCCAAUCUUUAUGAAACUUGGUCAGAAUGUUUGUUUUGAUAAUCUAUAGGUCAAGUUUGAAUCUGAGUCAUAUGGGGUUAAAAACCAGGUCAACGGUCAAAUCAAAGGAAAGGCUUGUGAACACUCUAGAGUUGUAACCAUAUCUUUUUUUUUUACGAAAUUUAGUCAGAAUGUUUGUCUUGAUGAUCUUUAGGUCAAGUUCAACUCUUGGUCAUGUGGGGUCAAAAACUAGGUCAGUAGGCCAGAUCAACUCUGGUGAGCGAUGUAUAGGGCCAUCAUGGCCCUCUUGUAUUAUUUCUAAUAUAAUUUUAUAUCCAGUGCCCCUCCAAGUAGUUAACUGGUUUUUUAUGGCCUUACCUGUAGAAGGGUCAUAAAGUCUGCAGACACUAAUGAGAUAAUGAUUCAAGUUGUUUAUUAUUUUCCUAUUACACCUCAGCAGUGAAUGGACUACCCUAGUAGAUUGAUGAUUAAUUUGUUUAGUACUCAGAUUUCUGGGUUUAAUUAUUAGUUACAAUAUAACAUAUGAAUUCUUUGCUUCCUUAAUAGGAAAAAAAAAUUGCAUAAAACUCAUUAAUGGUGUAAUCUCUCUUGUUUAGGAUAUGGGUUUAAGGUUUCGAAGUAGGCCUUGAGAAACAACACCAAACCAUAGAAAGGAAGAGUUGUCCCCCUUUGAAAAUGAAUACCAUUUGUAAAUAAAUAAAGAUAAACAAUUGCUGAAAACUGUGUUCCACCUUGUUAUGCGAAAUUUCACCACUCGCUAUUGCAAAUGCAUCAAAACGAACAUGUGUAACUGUUCUUUGAAAAUGGCGAGUUUUUAAAGGCAUUUGACUGUCCGGAAGUGGAGCUCCUUUAGGUAGUCCUUUUCCGGAAUUCAAUGUUUAUAUCAGUAUACUGACACUUGUUUCAUAAAGUAAUAUACAUGUUUUACAUGCUGUUCAAUUUUCAUGUCAAACAACUUUUUCUUUCUAUGAUUUGGUGUUGUUUGAUUUUUGUUUCUCAAGGCCUACUUCGAAACCUUAAUUAUUAGUUAUAAGUAAUUAUAAUGUGCAAUCUCUGUUUCCGUAAUAAGAAAUAAAAAAUGCAUAUAACUCA